CUGACCAUGGAUUUUCACGUUUUUGUUUUCCUGAUGGCACUCGCUUCCCUCACUGCUGCAUCUGCGCCGGACUGCCAGGAGCUGGUCAAACCUUAUAUGCCCGAGGACCUCAAACUAGUAACAGGAAAAUGGGUGUACACCAUGGGAGUGGGGGACCCCAUUCCAUACCACCAUGCCCUGGGAUCAUUGAAAAGCUCCUGGAUUGAAUUGUCUCCUACUUCCAGCAGUCAGAUUGUGGCUUUACGAUGGGGAGAUCACUGCUUCCAGCGUUGCGUGUUUGGGGAAGUAAAUGCAACAGUGUCAGGACUUGCCACCACGUUUCGCAAAAACCUGUCCGACCACAAAGGACACCUUCUGCCGACUUGCCCCGACUGCCUGCUGUGGACGGACAGCUUUCGAAAUGGGGACUUUGUUGGCAGAAAUAUCCUCCUUUAUACACGAACAGGAAAAAUAGAUCCCAACGACGUUGAACUCUUUAAGAAACAAGCAGAGUGUCUGAACUUUUCAGAGAGGUUUCACAGCUAUGAUAACAAGACAGAGAUGUGCCCUGACAGCAAAGACACAGAGCAGCAAUAG